AUGUCGUCGACAACCAUGAUCCUCACCAUGGCAGAUACGGCGGUGACGGCAAAGGGCGGCCUUCCCACGUCCACGACGACAGGCAACGACCUCUGCCCCAGCUGCGGAAGCUCCCUGCCUGACCUCAUCCAAGCCCAGGCACGCAUCGCCGAACUCGAAGCUCAAGUCGGCCAGCUCAACGACAAGGCGGAAGCCGCAGUGGGCCGAUGGGCCGAAUACGAAGAUGAGCUGGCCAGGCUCCGAGCGCAAGCAGCGCCAACGACAGCCUCGGCGAAUCCCAACGACUCCUCCUCCUCCUCCGACUCCUCCUCCUCAGAUCCUACUCCUCCACCGCCUCCCCCAAAAGAUGAUGACCGGACGCCGAGCACCCCGGCUGCCGAGGACCGCCGGUCAUCGACGGGCUUCCUUCAGGGACGGCUAUCGUCGCUCCUCGGCUCGAGGAGCAACAAGUCGUCGCCCAGCCUGGAACGCUACGGCCGGGCCGAGUCGGACCACCAGAGCGCCGAGCAGCUCCUGCAAGCCCUGGUGCGCGAGCAGUCGCUUCGCAAGGAGGCGGAGGGCCGUCUGACGGCCACGAGCAAGGAGGUCGAGGAGCUGAGCGCGUCCCUGUUCGAGCAGGCCAACGAGAUGGUGGCCGAGGAGCGCAGGGCGCGCGCGAAGCUCGAGGAGCGCGUGUCCGAGCUCGAGAGGAGGGACAGCGACAAGAGGAGGAGGCUCGAGACCCUGGAGAGUGCCAUGGCCAGGAUCGACUCGGCCAGACAGCUCCUCGCCCAGCACGAGCAGCACGACAACGAGGCCCGGCAACAGCAGCAGCAGCAGGAGUCGGAAAAAGAGCAAGAUGCAGAGUCAGGACCACCAAAGGAAUAA